UCUCUGUCCAAACACCAAAUCUCACGGUCGGUCGGUCAUUGAAGAUCUCUUUCUGUUCGCCUUUUAACCUAUCAUCGGAUUUGAUUCCCUUAGCCGUCCGACUUCUUGGACGAAACUACUCCUUAAUAACAGUAGUCACUCUUUUAUUUUACUCAUUUUGCCCUUUUCGUUUCUUUAAAACCCCCGACAAUGAGCGCACUGACGAAAACACUCGCCCUCAGAGUCUCCAGGGCUAGUUCCGUCACAGGAAAAGAACAGAGAUAUUUAACCAGUGGCAAUUCCGUCAGAGUAAAAUUGCCUAACGUCUCUGUUAAACUUCAACGGAUCUGCGCGUCCACGGGAGGACGAGACUCAGGCCAGAAUUGGAGUGAGUCAGAGAGAGAUCAAGUGAGUUCACCGGAGGACAUGGCGGCUCAUGAUCAAAACGGCGAAGACGAUCGUAUCGCUGGAAUUUCAUCUGUCAUUCGCGUGAUCCGCGACUUCCCUAAACCUGGGAUUCUGUUUCAGGAUAUAACGACGCUGCUUCUUAAUCACAAGGCUUUCAAGGACACUAUUGAUCUGUUUGUUGAGAGGUAUAAAGACAAAGAUAUCAGUGUUGUUGCAGGUAUUGAGGCAAGGGGUUUCAUAUUUGGCCCUCCCAUUGCAUUGGCUAUUGGGGCAAAAUUUGUCCCUAUAAGAAAGCCCAAGAAGUUGCCUGGUGAGGUUAUUACGGAAGAGUACUCUUUGGAGUAUGGAACAGACAAAAUGGAGAUGCAUGUAGGAGCUGUACAAGAAGGGGAACAUGCACUUAUAGUGGAUGAUCUCAUUGCAACUGGGGGCACCUUAUCUGCUGCAAUCAGGCUACUUGAGCGUGUUGGGGUGCAUGUGGUCGAGUGUGCUUGUGUUAUUGAACUGCCGGAAUUGAAGGGUCGGGACCGGUUAGGAGACAAGCCGUUGUUUGUUCUUGUCAGCUGAACUUGAUCUUGGAUUCUGUCUUGGAGCUGGAUGUUGUAAUUUGAUUUGUAAUUCACCGAUAUUUUCUUAAAGCUGGAUAAACUUUUGUGAGACAAUUUGACAGAAUGGAAAAGAUUCUUAUUUGGUAAUAAUGGAUAUUGUUUUGCCUUUGAUUGGUUGAUUGAAACUAG